GUAUUUUGUGAGCAAUUGCAAAGUAGUUUCUAUUCCUUUACAAUAAACGCCUGCAGUGAAAAUGAACAAUUUAGUACUUCACAGCGAAAAAGCGGACUCCGAGAUACCUUGCUUAUGCCGAAUGUGUCUAUCGACAGAUUCUACUUUGGAGCCGCUGACUUCCGACGAAUUGGGACGCUAUCUCUAUCAAAAAAUCUUCGAACAUACAAACGUUCAGUUGCUGCCAUCAGAACAAUGUACAUCGUAUUUGUGUAGCACCUGUAAAUCGCGUCUGAAUGCUCUGUUUACGUUCCGCUGGCGCUGCACAAGGAAUGUUGCGAUGGUUGACCGAUUUAUAGCAGAACCGACUCACACUCAUUUUAUCAAAAGCGAAACAAAUGCAGAUCAACCUGACGAUUAUACGCAUGCGACAAGCGGUGCUGAAUCAGUGUGGGUGAAAAAGGAGCUUGCCACAACAGAUUCCGUGAAUGGCACACAAUCGAACCAACAAGAUUCGCAACAGACAACCAAGACAUACGAUGGUAGUCAACAUGACGAUUUGUUUGAAACCGAGGAACAAUCGUUGGAAAUUAUUUUAAAAUGUGAACCGGAAGAACCGCAACAACAGCAUCUGCAGCCAUCCGAUGUUGAUCUGAAACAUGAGAAUAAUACCCUCCAAACAGAUCUGCUGCAUUCCCACCGUCAGAUGGAAAAAGAACCGCUUGUCGCAGCAGCACAUUUCGGAAAUCAGCACUUGUUAAAUCAAACAGAUAUUAGCGAUCGAGGAAAGUCAGGACUCACAGGUAACAAGUCUAUCUCAAUAAUUGAUCAGCAGCAACCGUCGACGUCGAAUGAACAACGGCGCUCACAAAGCAAUCUCAUUAAACCGGAAUUUUUCGUGUCGACAGAGCUUGACUCGAAUGGCAGUGGUAAUGUAAAUAACAAACACAAACACCAGUGCCCGAAUUGUCCAGCCAAGUUUGAACGGUCAUGCAAACUGGAAGAUCAUAUCCGCACUCACACCGGCGAAAAGCCUUUCAAGUGUAAAAUAUGUGACAAAGCGUUUCAUUCGGCAAGCAACCAGAGGAACCAUAUGGCAAUACACAACAAGGAACUGAAUCAUCAAUGUCCUCAUUGCUCCGCCAAGUUUGCUCGGUCAUGGUUACUGAAAACCCAUAUCCGCACUCACACCG